CCUUCUCUUUGUCCACUCCCACAUUUAUACAAUGGAGAGAAACCAUAUGCGUAGGCAGGUGGCACUCAUGAGGCAGUCCCUUUUUGAUCAGGGAUAUGUUGAUGAACAAUUCAUCCAGUUAGAGGAACUGCAAGAUGAAGCUAACCCUAACUUUGUUGAAGAAGUUGUGACAUUGUACUAUAGCGAUUCAACUAGAUUACUCUCCAACAUACAACAGGCAUUGGAAAAGACUCUUGAUUUUAAUAAGCUCGACAGCUAUAUGCACCAAUUCAACGGAAGUAGCACAAGCAUUGGAGCCAAAAAGGUAAAAGCUGAGUGCACAGUCUUCAGGGACUACUGUAAAGCAGCAAAUGGAGAAGGAUGCAUGAGGAGUUUCCAACAAGUGAAGAAAGAACAUGCAACACUGAAAAAGAAGCUUGAAGCAUAUUUCCACCAAGCAAGGCAAGCAGGCCCAAUAGAGACAGCAAGUCGGCCCAAAUAAUUAAUCAACCAAUUAUGAGAUUGGUGAAUUAUAUUAGUACAAAUCCCACAAACAGCUUGGAUUGAUUACAAAUCCAAAAACUUCUAUAUGA